AGAGCUGCACAGGUUCGUGCAAAAGAUCGAUCAUGCGGCUGAUACGCGACGAAGUGUCUGCUGCUGCUACGACCACGACUACUACUGCUGCUGUUGCUGACAGUGCUGCUGCCUGCAUUGAUAAUAGUCGCAGUGGUGUCGCUGGAACGCCUGCGCAGUGUCGUCCGGAGGCGCAGAUCUGCGGCCAAGGGCCACUGCUGGAUUCGACCGAAGAAGAGGAUCAUCAUCCUCGUCGUCGUCAUCAGGUGCAACAACAAUCGCAGCAGGUCGAAGAGCUUCGAGGUGUCGUCGAGCGACAGGAGGAUCGCACCAAGCUCUUUCUCGAUCCACUUUGCGAUGCUGUGAACGCGCCGAGACAGGCCAAGAAUCUCGAGAUGCCAGGCCAGGAUGUCGCCGACAUGGAGCUCUGCACGGACAAGGUCCUCUCCAAGGAGCGGAUACUCCAGGAGCUCACCAAGGCCGUCAAAUUGAUCUACAUUCAAAGUUUACAUGGAUCUGUUGUACUUGACGGUGACUCUUGGCUUGUAUACUGGUUAGACAGAGCCCUGCGUCAUGGUUUACGUGUUGAGCGGCAUGGAUAUUGGGGUACCGUUAGAGAACUUAGUCAUCAAGAUACUGUUGUCGUUAUACAUGCACUACAAAAUGUGUUAACAUCUAUAGGAAAAGGAAGAGCAUGGCUGUAUCAUACACUCAGUGAAGGCAGUUUUGAGAGCUAUUUAGCAUGCAUGUUAAGGGAUGCUAAAAACUUGAAGAAACAAUACUUUCCCCAUGCUCUUGUGCGAGAUGCUGAUCGAACUAAUCAAUUGGUGAAUCUUUUGGCAGGAUUAGAAAAUGUUUCAUUCACACUGCAGCUGGAUGUCACGUAUCUCGAUAUUUGCAACUACAUGCCGCAGCGGCCGAUGAGAGGCUCGCCGUCGGGUGUCUUGCUGAAUUUGCACCUCUGCCGCCAACGGGGCAGCCUCUCGUCCGGGGUCGAUACCGAUAUGGACGCUUCUAACGAUACCGAUAACAGCGGCUACAAAGAGGAGGAUUGGUCGACGGGAAAUGCGGCCAAAUAUCAUUACAACAGGUGUAAAAUGUACGACUGCGAGAACGACAAUAGGGACACGGAUUUGUUUUCGUCAUCCAGCCACUCGUCGGACGAGGCCAAAUUGUCCAACAACGGUUCUGCCGGCAAGUUUCACAACAGCGUCGUGACGAACAGCGACAUAAUUAACCAAAACGUCGUCGGUGAAAUCGACGAUGAACAAAUGGACUGCUCGAGUCUAGAUACAGUCAAGAAUUACAACUACUUGGAAGAAAAAUUUGGCAAUUCGAAGCAGCACGAGCAGCAGCAACCCCGUACGGAUGCCGAGAACAAUGGAAUCAGACCUUGUCUACAGCAGCGUUCGAGCUUCAACGGUGACGGUUUCAGCUUUAAAAAACCUCUGCAGGAUCAUCGCGGCAGCUCCUACGUCAUCAAUAACGAUACGAAUCUGCUGGAACUCAGCAUGACGAUUUCGGACUGCGACAAUACGGAGGCGCCUUAUAGUAUUUUAAAUACGGUCAAUGUUACCGAUACCGGCAUACUGUCAACGUCGAGCUCGGACUCGCACGUGCAGAAACGCCAUCGCAAGAAGAAGCGAGGCGACGUGAAAAAGCGCGUGAGCUUCCACGAGGAUAUCUUCAAGAUGAUGAAGCUCGACGACGAGGAGGAUUACGUGGAUACUUAUUCGAAACCGUGUCCUCCGCUCAACGAGACUGAAAAAAAUACUCAUAAAGUCCGGCACAGCUGGUGUUCGCAUGGCGAUUCGUCAUUCAUCGAGCGAGCCGCCCAGCCGACUCGACAAACGUUUUCCGAUUACUACUCGUCGUCAUCGACUCUCAGUGGAUACGAUAAUUGUAACGAUCUAGAUUAUAAAUCAAGAGAGCCGAUGGUCGGGGCGGCUAUUGCCGAAACCGAAGCCGAACAGGCCGAGUGUGCCGUUUGCGAGCUCGACAUGAUGUGCGAACGAGGUGUGCCCGAAGGACAGGAAGAUCCCGCUUUUUCAAAAAUCCUCUGCGAACUCGAAGAAAACGAGGCGAAGGAGGCUUACGUCGAGGAAAAAGAGUUCGAGAGUAUCGUCGAAGAGCCGGAAUUCGUUAAAUUGGAAAUGCCUAGAAUGCCUUUAGGAAAACAUCAAGCAAAAUACGCAAGUUCAAGCGAUUGGUCUGAUCUCGAAAGCGUAACAACGACCUCAGACAGCGUAGAUGGGCCGAGUCAACCCGGUGGCAAUAUAACUCAAACGAAUCCUCGGCAUCUCGCUUCGCCGAUAAAAAAACGCUACUCCGUUCCGAUUUUAUCGCUGGAAGGAAAUCGUCUAAUGGUGCCACCACUUCGAUCAGCCACGUCGAAAACAUCGUUGCUCAGUCGAUUCUUACGCUCCCUUACGGAGCGCAAAUUGGAUCCAAAGAAGGAUCGUAAGACCGCGUCAAAAUUCAAUAAUUUGCGAAUGAAAGGUGCUAAAGUGGACAAAGACGCUUCGCGUGCUUUCGACGCUGCACUGGAACGCGAAGUGCAAGAAAAUACAUCUGCGAGCAAGAAAACGUUCAGUGGCGAGCGUAUUAAUCUCAAGCUGAGAGAAGUGUUCAGAAAAAAUAUCUACAGAGAUAAAACGGAGCAGCUUUACAAAGUUUACAAAGUUCGCAGCUCGUACAUGACGAACGGCGAGAGCAAACCGAUGCUCGCCUUGCUCACCGAUAAAACUUUGUACCUGACCGGUAUAAAAAGCGAUCAGACCUACAGCAAUCAAUUCGUUAUUCCUUAUAACGAACUCGAUGUUAUAUUGAUUGGACCCAAUGCCCAAACGAUACUCAUAUCGAACGCUGAUUAUGAGAUGCAAUACCUCUUUUCAACUGGUAGCAGUCAAAUUACAUCGGAGCUGAUAACACACUUGGAGAUGGCUAUGAGAAGAUCGCCGUCGAAACCUAGACUGCCGGCGGUCAAGGAACUUAACUACGACGAUAUGCACUCGCUCAAACAUUCCAUUCUCGCCGAGACGGCUGUUCACCCAGAUGAGAAAAUCGAACAUUAUGGCCUCAUUUACAUGGAGGACGAUCAUAUGUCGCCACCCACGACACCAUGCGGUCCUACGAAGGAAGGCGACCUAAUGUUUCGGCCUCACGUUUACGAAACGCAAUUCCCGAAUGCAUCCACCAGUCCUUGGGAAGCGGGAUAUUUUGUACUCAAAGGUGGUGUCGUCUAUAUGUUUACCGAUAGUAAUCAAAGACUACCAAAACGUGCUAUACCACUUAAAGGCGGUCUCUGUAUGGGAUGCCGAAGAAUACCGAAUUCUCACAGGCCACAUACAUUUGAAAUAUUAUUAAAGCCUAAUAAAGCUUAUCAAUUUGCAGCUCCAGAUGAGUACGUAGCAUCAGAGUGGCUUCAAAGUUUUGUCCAAAGUGCUUCUGGACUUUAUGACUGUUCAGAAAAACGAGAUCCACUGCCUUGUAGCCUAGUUGUAACUACAAAGCAUAUGGUUACAAUGAAAGAAGUAUUUUCGGGGACACAGAGAGGUCAAACUCUUUCCUGUGCUAGUAUCGAGGAUCUUACGGCGUUCCGAGUGCCUCUUGCUCAACAAUCUUGGUGCAUAUUGGAAUUCGCGUGCAGAGAGGUACAUGAAAACAGCGGUGAUUGGGUAGUUUAUUUUACGAAUUCCAAAGAGUUUUGUGCUUUUCGAGCAGUUCUUGAAAGUCUCUGGACUACUGCUAAAUUGGGAGAUUUUCCAAUAUCAACUAUCUCACCGGAGGAUAAACUGCAUCAUCGUUGCUCUGAUGCAAAUAAAAAUCUGGAACAAGCGUGGAAAAAUCUGUUACCAUUAGGAUCGGACUAGUAUAUAAAUUUUCUCACCACAUUCGAAUUUCAUGCUCUUAAAUCAUUUUUUCUUAAUAGUUAUCAAGAAUUUCAAAAAAAUUUAUUUUAAGUCCAAUUAAUUGAAAUAGUCAAGGAUCUGCUGUAUCAUCUUAACUUUGCUAGCCGAAAUAAUCAAAUAUAAAUCAUAGACAUAGCAAAGCUAUUAAAAAAAGAUCCGAUCCGAAAUUCUAAUGAUCAUGUAGUUUAUUUAUAAGGUGUAACUUGACUUUUGUUAUGUAUAUAUAACUUUACAUGAGACCAAGAUCGCCAUUGUUUUCGUUGAACGUAUUUAAAUAUUUUAUUAUUUAUUUUGCUAUAAAGACUGUAUAUAAAUUAUAUAUGACAUUAAUUAUUAUAAGUGUCUAUGUUAUAUAAAAUGUUAACUGCAUUUAUCAAAAGAGUGGCUAGAAGAUAGCAAUGGUGCAUUUUCCAGCAUAUUAUUUGUACUCUUUUAUCAAAGAUACAAUAGAUUAUUUGAGCAGAAUUUAAAUAUAGGUAUAUUUGUCGCCUCAUUAGAAACCCAAGAAAGAUUAUCAUUAUUCAUAUACUAAGACAGAUUAAAAAUGCCUUAGCUUUGCAGUUAUAUUUUUUGUAUCUUGUACGUGUAUCAAUAACGCAACGUUAAAACACUAACAGAAUAUGACACGUUAGAAAUGCGAGGAAAAAUUAUUUCCUCCAUUGCUUUAGAGUAAAUAACUUAUUGCGCGGUUGGCACAGAAUAAAAUCUUCCAAAUUAUCAAAAACAUUUUAAGGAAUCAAUGUGUAAAUGAACAGUAUUGAUCGGACCAGACGACCUUUAGUUUAUUAAUUUGAAAUUGGUUAUUUGUUGAUGUUAAUUAAUUUUAAAUUAAAUUAUUUAAAUUGUUAAUUUCUAUAUAAUUUUAUAAUGUUUUAUAUUUUGAGUGAAUUUCAACGUUAUAUUUGUCUAUAGGUAUCUAAAAGAUAUGCUUUGAUUAUAACACUUCAAUUUUUUCAAUAAUUAUGUUUACCUAUACCAUGAUUCAGUAAUUACAUUAUUUGAAAAUUAUUACUUUAUUGUAAAAAAUUGAAUUUCAUGAAUUAUGAUUCGAUUUGUGACAGUUAAAUUUAAUUUUUAAAAUUCUCUGUAAUUUGAUUAUUUUUCAA